AGUUAGGCACGAGAAAACAUGACCUUGGCUUCUCAAGUCUUUGACAAUAGACAAGCAGCCAUGGCUGGCCAUGACUCGGGAUCUCAACACCAGUUCACUGGAUUUCAGAAGUACUUCAAUUCCUAUACCAUCAUAGGCAGGAGGAAUUAUGUAAUAGCAACAUACACAGGUGUUGCACUCCUUAUCUUGUAUUUCAAGUUUAGGCCUAAGAAGCAAACUCCUGCUGUGACAGAUAAGUAAAAGGUUCCUCGCAUGUUUGAACCUCCAAUCUGUGUCAAUGUAAUGCAAGCUGAUGAGCUCUUGUGGCUAACAAAAUAUAAAUAAUUACUUGUUUUAUUGGAAAUAUGAAAUAAUCAAAAAAAGCU